AUGGUCGGAAUUGGGUCUCCGGUUGGCGGCAUGUACGAGGCCAUCGACUCUGGGCAAGAGAGAAAGACUGGAGCUGGAAAUGUGGGUAGAGGUGGGCCGUCUGUGUUUGAUCAAUCAGUGCGAUCAGCUCAGACCGGGUUGGCCGGCGCUCUUCUCGAUCUCGAAUUGGCCAUGGCUCACGAUGAUCUCCCCAACAAGUCACUGCAAGCGGACACCGUUUCUUUGACGGAGAAGAUGGAUGCGAGUGCCGUCCACAUUGAAAUGGGCAAGAAGGACGAGGCCACACUCCUCGAGAAUGCCAGAAAUGCCACUGAAAAGGAACAUAAGAUGACCCUGUGGCAGGGGUUGAAACUAUACCCCAAGGCUGUCGCAUGGAGUGUGACCAUCUCGACUUGUAUCGCCAUGGAGGGGUACGAUGUCUGUCUCCUCUCGACUUUCUACAGCUUUGCUCAAUUCAAUGAGAAAUACGGCCAGCAGUUGCCCGACGGAACAUGGCAAGUGCCCGCGUCAUGGCAAUCGGGGCUCAGUAAUGGUGUCAACGUUGGUGAAAUUAUCGGUCUGCUCCUCAACGGUUUCCUGUCGGAAAGGAUUGGGUAUCGGUACACAAUUCUGGCAUGUCUCCUCAGCUUGACGGGUUUCAUCGCUAUCUUCUUCACGGCCCCCAGCGUCGAGGUGCUUCUUGUCGCAGAGAUCCUGGCCGGCAUUCCGUGGGGUGUCUUCCAGACAUUAACCAUUACCUAUGCUAGUGAGGUUUGCCCCGUCGCUUUGCGUGGAUACCUCACUACCUACGUCAACUUCUGCUGGGGGAUGGGUCAGGCGAUCGGUCUCGGUGUGAUCAAGUCCAUGGUCAAUCGGACCGAUGAAUGGGCAUACCGGAUUCCCUACGCCCUUCAGUGGAUGUGGCCCGUCCCCCUCAUGAUCGCAAUCUGCUUCGCUCCGGAGUCGCCCUGGUGGUUGGUCCGAAAGGGACGGCUCGACGAGGCCAAGAAAGCCUUGCUGCGCCUCACCAGUCUGGACCGUGAGACGGAUUUCGACGCGGACGAGACCAUCGCCAUGAUGGUGCACACCAACGCUCUCGAAGAAGCCAUCUCCCACGAUGCCACCUACCUGGACUGCUUCCGAGGCACUGAUCUCCGCCGGACGGAAAUCAUCUGCAUGGUCUGGGCCAUUCAGAAUCUCAGCGGAAACGCCUUCUCCAGCUACUCCUCCUACUUCCUCCAGCAAGCUGGUUUGCCCUCCAGCACCGCCUAUUCAUUCGCCCUUGGCCAGUACGGUAUCAAUAUGGCCGGCGUCUUUGGCUCGUGGUUCCUGAUGAGUGCCGGAGUCGGACGUCGAUCACUCUACCUAUACGGUCUCUGCGGUCUCUGCACGAUGCUGCUGGCGAUGGGUCUCUUGGGGUUCGUGCCAGAGGCGCACAAGACGCAAAGCGCCAUGGCCACGGGCAGUAUGAUGAUUGGAUGGGCCCUGUGCUACCAGCUCUCCGUCGGAUCGGUCUGUUACUCGCUGGUGUCGGAGCUGUCGACGCGACGAUUGCAGAUUAAGACCGUCGCCCUGGGCCGAAUCCUGUACAUCAUUGCCAACAUCUUUUGCAGCGUCAUUACGCCGUAUAUGCUCAACCCGGGUGCGUGGGCGUGGGGCAACUUUGCGGGAUUGUUCUGGGCGGGCUGCUGUGCGCUCUGCAUUGUCUAUGUCUUUUUCCGCGUCCCCGAGCCUGCGGGCCGCACCUUUGCCGAGCUGGACAUGUUGUUUGAGAUGCGUGUCAGUGCGAGAAAGUUUGCCACGACCAAGGUGGACGUGUUUACUGGACACAUGGAGAAUACUUCUUCGUGA